GGUUGGCAGGCACCGCCUCUGGCGGACCCACUGGCGUCUCUCUGCUGAGCGACCGAAGGGCUCGGGGUCCGACUGUCUGCCUGCUUCUCCCUGCGCGUGACUGACAGCCACACGGCUGUCUGUCUGUCUGCCUGGGUGGCCAGCUACCUCUUUGCUUGGCUUCUCCUGUCUGACUGGCGGGCCAGCCCUUGGCUGCUGUCAGUCCAUCCCCCAUGCAGCUGACCGGUCCCUGCCCAGCAACCUCUGUCUUCUGUCCGUGUGUGACCUCCUUGGGACGUGACUGAUGGUUGCCUUUGCUUCUGCGUGGCCCGCCUACCCGGAGCCCAGCUGCCGUCCGUCUGGGUGACAAGUCUUGUGCUGUCUGGUCGGUGACUUGGGGCAGGUUUCAGCUUCCCACCCCAGUCCCCUGCCUGUUCUCCCAGACCCCCAUCCCUCACGCCAAGCCCAGCUGCCGUCCCCUGGGAGCCCACCGGAUUGCCCGAAGCACAGAGAGAAUGGAUUUCUGAGAAAGAAGUAGGACAGCAGGCUCCGGCGGCCAGCAUGCUCUGCGGCUGGGCUGCCCCUCUGCUCCUGCUGAUGCUCCAGGGGGCCUGGGGCUGCUCAGACCUCGUCUGCUACACCGAUUACAUCCAGACGGUCACCUGCAUCCUGAAGACAAGGGCCCCGCACCCUGGCACGCUCACCCUCACCUGGCAAGACUCAUAUGGAGAACUGGAGGACGAGGUCACCUCCUGCAGCCUCUGCUGGUCCACCCACAAUGCCACGCAUGCAGAGUACACGUGCCAUAUGGAUGUGUUCCAAUACAUGGCCGACGACGUUUUCAGUGUCAACAUGACAGACCAUUCGGGCAACCACUCCCAGGAGUGCGGCAGCUUUGUCCUGGCUAAAAGCAUCAAGCCAUCUCCCCCUUUCAAUGUGACGGUGACCUUCUCCGGACAUUAUAACAUCUCCUGGAGCUCCGAUUACAAUUUGUACGCGCUGAAGGGCAAACUUCAGUAUGAGCUGCGGUACAGGAAGCUCGGAGACCCCUGGGCUCUGAGUCCAGGGAGAAAGCUGAUCUCAGUGGAUUCGAGAAGCGUCUCUCUCCUGCCCUUGGAGUUCCACAAAGGCUCAAGCUACGAGCUGCAGGUGCGGGCAGGGCCCCAGCCUCGCUCCUCCUUCCAGGGGACCUGGAGCGAGUGGAGUGACCCAGUCGUCUUUCACACCCAGCCAGAAGAGAUAAAGGGAGACUUGUACCCUCAACUGCUUCCCAUCUUGGUCCUCGCAUGCCUCGUCCUUGUCAUCUUAGGCCCGAAGAUCCAUCAGGCUUGGAGGCUAUGGAAAAAUGUGUGGGUGCAGGUGCCCAGCCCAGAGCCCUUCUUCCAGCCCCUGUACGUGGGCCACAGCGGAGACUUCAAGAAAUGGGUGGGCACCCCCUUCACUGCUUCCAGCCUGGAACUGAGAUCCUGGAGCCCAGGGGUGCCCUUGUCCCUGGAGAUGCACAGCCAGUGCCUACCGCAGACUGCAGCCAAGGGGCUGGUGCCCACAGAGCUGCCAGAGCCCCCAGACCUGGUGGAAGCCGACGGGGUGCUUGAGCCGGGCUCCUGGGGCCCAGCCCACUCCACCGCCGGCAGCUUGGGCAGCUCAGCUCACAGCCAGGAGAGGGACCGGCCGUACGGCCUGGUAUCCAUCGACACGGUGACCGUGGUGGACGCAGAGGGGCUGUGCACCUGGCCUUGCACCUGCGGGGAUGACGGCUACCCAGCCCUGAACCUGGACACCAGCCUGGAGCCUGGCCCGGGCACGGAGGACUCGCUUCCGGGCACGGGGGCCACAGUCCUAUCCUGUGGCUGCGUCUCAGCCAGUGGCCCUGCCGGGCCGGGGGACCCCCUGGGCAGCCUGCUUGGCAGGAUAAAGCUGCACCUCAAGGAUGAGGAGGGUUGGGCCCCCGGGCCGCCCUGGGAUGGCGGGUCGCCCCGAGGGGUGUCGGACAGCGAGGCAGGUUCACCCCCAGCUGGCCUGGACAUGGACACGUUUGACAGCGGCUUUGUGGACUCUGACUGCGGCAGCCCCGUGGAGCAUGACUUCAGUAGCCCCAGGGACGAAGGGCCCCCCAGGAGCUACCUCCGCCAGUGGGUGGUCAUGGCCCCUCCACCUGCAGGGCCUGGGCCCCAGGCCAGCUAGUGAGGCCGACUGGCCGUCCAGAGCUGGCCAUGCCACUGAGCCACGAGCCACGGACAGGGUCACCUGGGCUGAGGUGUAACGAGGCCUGCAGCCCUUGGUCUCCCGGCUGGGACCCCUGAGCCUCGUGUUUACAGUGCACAUCUGGGGCUCAGGUGCCCACUGGCGUGGCUGCGCGUGUGAGUAGCCUGCGUGCCUGUGGACACAGAGCUCGGCCGUGGUUCUGCCGUAUUCCCAAGGCCACUCGUGUGUCUGUGCCGACGUGAGCUUCCUGCGUGCGCGAGUGUGAGCCGCACAUGUGUCUGUGGGCACGUGAUGACAGCCUCCCUCCCUCCGAGGCACGUGGGUGACCCCCAGGUCACGUGCCGAGACCAGGGCACUGCCUGGGACAGACACCAAGCCCAGCCCCCCAGGUCCUGCCUGCAGAGCCACACAAAGUCCAGACUGUUCCUUAUCGCCUUUCAGGGGGAGGGGAAGGGGACCAAGCGAGCCCACAGUGACCCUGGGGGUGGGAAGAUUUUGGGGGGAGCCAGUGGACCUGGGUCUGAAUCCUGACUCUGACACCUCCUGGCUGUGCCACCUUGGGUGAGUCACUCCCCCUCUCUGGGCUGGAGUUUCCUGUCUUAAUAAUGGGGGCGGCCUGACCUACCCUGGGGAGAAAUUGGAGAGGUCGCCCAUGUACAGGGUGCAGCCCAGACUCUCAAAAAACGUCAGCUUCCUUCCUUCUGCGGCCAGGACCAAGGCUUGUGCUGGAGGUGGGUGGGAGUGAGAAACCAGACACAGCCCAGGUACCUGCGGAGGGGCACUUGGGGGAUUCCAGGUUUAAAAUCAGCUUAGUUUCUUAGAAUCAGCCCCUCACCAACCAAGAUUUCUUUUUCUGCCUCCUGCUGCCCGUUUUGUUGUUCCCUUUAUGCACCCCAGAAAUAUUUAUUGAGCACAUUUUCUGAGUACAUGCAGGUGCUGGGAUACAGCGAGAGGACGCUCCCCUUGGCACUCACACUGGGGAGGGCCGCAGGCCGGACUCGGCAGCAAUGACACGGUGGUCCUGAUCCCCUGGCAUCUUCCUUGCUUGUCCCAGGGAAUUGGAGGAAGUCAAGUUCUUUUUGAUGAUUUGUCGGAGAAACUGCUGAAAUGUGAAUUUAAGAUGCUGAGAAAAUACUUCUUUGUGACGUUUUGAAGGCACCUUAUUGAACGUCAGCUCUGGACAGGAGCUCGAUAUUGGUGCUGCGUAUUGCAUACAACUCAUACUUAAAAAAAAAAAGAAAGAAAGAAAGAAAGAAAAGAGAUCAUUUUCCUCCUAAGGGCGCUCACCUUCAGAGGCUGCUUUUUCGAGGCCGGGAAGCAGGGUUAAAGGAGCAGAGUCUGAUUCAGCCGCGGGCUCUCAGAGCCCUGAGGGGAAUCCCUACCCUGGCCUGGACCUGCCUGGCCUGUGGUCCUCCCCAAAGGCCAGGCUGCAUGCCAGGUGAUGCCUGAAGCCCUGGCUUGUCUCUGCUUUUGGACGAGGGCUCAGCUGUCGACCCUGCUGAUGGUUUCUCUGUGACUCUUCUGUAAAAGGGGAUGUUGGAAGAAGUCACUGAGAGAACACAGGAUUCUUCAGUUCUGAAAGUUCUAGAACAUUGGUGGUCUUGAUAGUGGGACUGUUAACCUGGGAUCAAGGCGUGAGGCUCGGAUGGGAGCUCAAGUGUGAAACCAAAGCUCCUGCAGGUGUGAGCAGCCCUCACCAUCCCCCACCGUCACCCUGGAGACGCUUGGGUCAAGGUGUGCUGUGGUUUUCACGCCCUCAAGGAGGCCACAGGUUCCAGGCACCCCGUGAGCCCCAGGCUCCCCGUGGAAGCAGCUCAGCUCUCUCUCCAGCACACACAGCUCUGGGCCAGGGAGUAGGGGGAGGGGACACCUGGGAUACUGGCUGAUGCCAGGCCGGGGGUCAGGGGGAUGGGGCUCUGGCCUGGGCCAGACGUGGCUCCUCACCAGCUCUGUCUUUGAAGGGGACCCAGCUCAUAAAUGUGGGUGCAGAACGGAGACAGGAACUGGCCCACUGGGAGGCCAGAUUAGUAGGACGGGGUGGAUGGAUGAUUUAUGGACAAGUGGGUACAUUGGUGGGUGGAUGGAUGGAUAAAAGGAUGGUGAAAUGCUUGAAGGAAGAGCAGUUGGAUAGAUGGAUGGAGAUAAACAGUUGCUAUAGACAAGGAUGAAAUAUCAAACCUAAGCUCCAUGAAGGCAACAACUUUGCCUCUUUUGUUCAUGGCUUUACCCCCCGUCAGGCACCUAGUGGGCCCUCAAUAAAGCCUGAUUUGCAGUGUUUGCUUAUUUCCAUGGUGUGAACACUUUUACCACAGUCAAUUUCAAGCUACCAACUUGAUGGCUUUAAACAUGGGGUUGGAAGAGAUGUUUACAAUCAACUCUCCUAGCUGGUAUGAGGCAGACCCGGCACACCACGGGUUGGAGCCCAGACAGGCAGCAGGAAGGCCCUGGGGGGCUUCAGGGAGGAGGUGGUGUUUGUUGGGCUUUGAAAAAUGAAUAGGAGUUGUUAGGGACACCAGCUACUCAGGCAGAGGGAAGAGCUUGAGCGAAGGCCUGGAGGGGUGACUGAGCCCUGAACACAUGGGGCUGGGGAAGGCAGUUCCCUGUCACCCAGAGUCCAGGCCAGAAUUGCUAAUGACCCUGUCUUCAGAGGCAGGAGGAUGCCACAUUCUGUUCCUGACCCAGCCCUUUUCCAUCUGCAGGCUCCAAGGGGCAGGAUAUCCAUCUGACAAAUGCAGGUGCAGAAGGGGCCGCUGACUUGCCUGAGGUCACACACAAUUAAAUGUCAGAGUCAGAACUUGGACUCUGGGCUCCUGAUCCCAAGUCCAGCUGUCCUCACCUUGCUCUGCUGGAAGGCACCUAGGUCAGGGGCGAAGAAACUCUCAGCAAACACCUGUGGGUGCCUGUGCUUCUGCCCUCACAGCAUCGUUGGGGUAGCUGACUCCAGCUCUGGGAGUGACCCAGGCCUGGCCAAGAGAGUAUUCUAUC